AAUGGCGGCGUCGCGCGUGCUCCUCUUGGUACUGGCGCUGCUCGCCGCGGGUUGCGCCGCCUCCGUCGCGAGCCCCGACGCCGCCGCGCUGCUCGCGUUCAAGUCGGUGUGCUCCGACCCCACCGCGGCGCUGGGCUCGUGGACGGAGUCCUCCGACCCCUGCGCCGGCGCGUGGCGCGGCGUCAGGUGCCAGCGGCCGUCGCCGUCCUCGGUCCCGCCCCGCGUGCGUCGCGUCGUCCUCGAGGGCCUGCGGCUCGGCGGGCACGCCGCGGCAUUGGAGCUGCUCGCGGACCUCCCCGCGCUCUCGUCCCUCAGCCUCAAGAACAACACCUUCACGGGCGCGCUCCACGGCGUCGACUUCUCCCGCCUGGCGCCGCACCUCAAGCUCCUCUACCUCUCGGGCAACGGCUUCUCCGGGCGGUUCCCCGACUCCGUCCUGCGCCUUCGCCACCUGCGCCGCCUCGACCUUUCGGGCAACCGGCUCGCGGGCACGAUCCCGCCAGAGAUCGGGCACCGCCUCCGGGCUCUCCUGACGCUAAACCUCGCGCUCAAUUCGUUCGUCGGGGCCGUGCCCGUCUCGCUGGAAGCAGUGCCCAAGCUCGCCGAGCUCAACGUCUCCGGCAACCACCUCGAGGGGCGGAUCCCCAGCCGCCUCGCGGCCGCCUUCCCUUCGUCGUCGUUCGCGGGCAACCCCGGCCUUUGUGGCGCGCCGCUGGCGCACCGGUGCAAUGGACCGCAGCAGAUCGUGUACAGCAACGGCAGCGGCGAGGCGUCGGACGGAUCGAGGGCGGCGAGGGGGAAGAUCCAUGACCGGUGGAUGGUCGUGAUGAUCAUGUCAGCGGUGGGCGCGGCGGUCGCGUCGCUGGUCGCGGCGGCACUGUGCGCCGUGCUUUUGCUGAAGAACAGGAAGGCGGCGAGACGACCGCGCGCCAGGUCGGCGUCCGCCAACUCGACGGUGGCCCGGGAGGAGACGGUGCGCUUCGACGGGUGCUGCGUGGAGUUCGACGUGGCCACGCUCAUGCAGGGCGCCGCGGAGAUGCUGGGAAAAGGCGCCACGGCGACGACGUACCGCGUGGUCAUGAGAGGCAACAGCGACACGAGCGACGACGCCGGCGUCGAGGAUGCCCAGCAGGGCGAGGUGGUGGUGGUGAAGAGGAUGAGGAGGAGGGAGGGCGCGUCCCGGGAGGACGAGAGGUGGCGGAGGGAGCUGGCUAGGGAGAUGGGCACGUGGCGGCACUCCAACAUCGUCGGCCUGCGCGCGUUCUACGCGUCCGCCGAGGAGCUGCUCCUCGUCUUCGACUACAUCCCCAACGGCAGCCUCCACAGCCUCUUGCACGAGAACCGAGGACCGGCAAGAGUUCCUCUGGACUGGCAGACCAGGCUGAAGCUGGCGCAGGACGCGGCGCACGGCCUGGCCUACCUCCACGGCGUGUCCGGCGGCAAGCUCUCCCACCGGCACCUCACCUCCUCGAACAUCCUCGUCGACGGUAGCGGCACCGCGCGCGUCUCCGACUUCGCCCUCCUGCAGCUGCUCGCGCCGGCGCCUCCGCCCGGGGAUCCGUCCCUGCAGAAGCAGGACGUGCACGGCUUCGGCGUCGUCCUGCUGGAGCUCCUCACGGGGCGGCAGCCGUCGGCCGAGGACGGCGGCGGCGCGCAGGACCUGCCCCGGUGGGCGCGUGCGGUGGUGCGAGAGGAGUGGACGUCGGAGGUGUUCGACGUGGAGCUGCUGCGGGGCAGGGGCGCCGAGGACGAGAUGGUGGCGCUCCUGCAGGUGGCGCUGCUCUGCGUCGCGGAGGAGCCCGGGCAGCGGCCCAGGAUGGCGGUGGUGGCCAAGAUGAUCGAGGACAUCAGAGACAGGGGGAGCAAGCGGAGCAACAAGUUCUCGGCGUCCCCGUCGCAGGCGGGGCGCUCGUACGAGUCGUCCCCCUGCGUGUCCGAGGACACCACUAGGUCCACCCCGGCGUCAAGCUCUUGACGCAGCUCUCGCCUGUCUGUCGCCUGGUGCGGAGUACACGCCAGGGGACACAAUCAAACCGGCCAGGCGACGCCACCAAACGAGGCCGCGAGCAAUCGGAGUCCAUUGCAUUCGGGCCAGUAGAAUAAGCCGACCGGAGUUGGCUCCGGCGGCGCGCGGGCCCCGCCAGGCUCCCCGGCCCCGCCAGGCUCCCCCUUAUCGC